CAUAAGCGCACCUUGUUCAGAGUGAGUAGACCGCAGCCUCACAGCUCUUGUGUGAUCGUGUGCGAAAUCGACAGCCCCAGAAGGGGCAAGAGUCCACCCUGACUAAUACUCAAGUGAGAGUUGCUGAACUCUGCGCGGUGAAUGUGCAAUGACACUGAUGACAUGGAUACUGUCCUUUUAAGACUUGGUGUCUCUGUGGAGCUGCUGACUUUUCCCCUUAUUGGAGGCUGCGGGAUCUUCCAUUCAGUCUGACUGCAGCCCACAUACAGAGGCCUCUCCAGCUUUGGAAGGUGGGCUGAUACCCAGAGUGAACAUGCCAGCUAAUGGGAAAUCACCCCAGAGGUUUCCUGCCCUGGUUCCAGGACAACCUGGCAGAUCAUUUGAGGGAUCUCUGUCAUUCGAAGACGUGGCUGUGGAUUUUACCCGACAGGAGUGGCACAGGCUGGACCCUGCCCAAAGGACCAUGCACAAGGAUGUGAUGCUGGAGAACUACAGCAACCUGGCAUCUGUGGGCCUCUGCGUGGCCAAACCAGAGAUGAUCUUCAAGUUGGAACGAGGGGAAGAACUGUGGAUAUUAGAGGAGGAAUCCUCAGGCCAUGGUUACCCAGGCUCUCUCUCACUGCUGUGUGCCAACAAUUCUGUUGGUGGUAAUGCCCUCAGUCGUGAUAAUGACCUUCUUCAGCAUCAGAAGAUUCAAACUUUGGAUCAAACUGUCGAAUACAGGAAAGCCUUCUACAAGAGAACGGGCUUUGUUGGACAUAAAAGAACACACACAGGAGAGAAAAACUUUGAAUGUCACGAAUGUGGGAAAACUUACUGCAGGAAAUCAAACCUCAUUGAACAUCUGCGAAUACACACAGGAGAGAGACCCUAUAAAUGUGGUGAAUGUGCAAAAACCUUUAGUGCACGAUCAUACCUCAUCGCUCAUCAGAAAACUCACACAGGGGAAAAGCCCUUUGAAUGUAACGAAUGUGGAAAAUCUUUUGGCAGGAAGUCACAACUCAUUCUACAUCGGAGAACACACACAGGAGAGAGACCCUAUGAAUGCACUGAAUGUGGGAAAACCUUUUCUGAGAAGGCAACCCUCACGAUCCAUCAGAGAACUCACACAGGGGAGAAACCCUACGAAUGUGGUGAAUGUGGGAAAACGUUUCGCGUUAAGAUAUCCCUUACGCAACACCAGAGAACUCACACGGGGGAGAAACCCUAUGAAUGUGGUGACUGUGGGAAAAACUUCCGUGCAAAAAAAUCCCUAAACCAGCAUCAAAGGAUUCACACGGGGGAGAAGCCCUAUAAAUGUGGUGAAUGUGGGAAAUUCUUCAGAAUGAAGAUGACUCUCAGCAAUCACCAGAGAACUCACACAGGUGAGAAACCCUAUCAGUGUAACGAAUGUGGGAAAUCUUUCCGCGUGCACUCAUCUCUCGGGAUACAUCAGCGAAUUCACACAGGAGAGAAACCUUAUGAAUGUAAUAAAUGCGGCAACGCCUUCUAUGUCAAAGCACGCCUCGUUGAACAUCAGAGGCUGCAUUCAGGAGAGAAACCCUAUGAAUGUAGCGAAUGUGGAAAAAUCUUCAGUAUGAAGAAAUCCCUUUGUCAACACCAGAGAACUCACUCAGGCGAGAAACUUUAUGACUGAAGUCAAGGGAGAAAUGCCUUCUACGUGAAAGUAUGCCUCAGUGACAUAAUCUUUGAAUGUCAAGAAUGUUGGAAAGUCUUUGGCCAGAAAACCAACGUCACAGAACAUCAGAGAACUCACGGAGGCCAGCCCUUGCCUUGUACUAUGGAGGAAGCUUCUCUAAGAAGACUCCUGUCACCAUUUGACCAAGCCCUUUGGGCCAUCUGAUUACCGGGGCACACACAGUGCACCUGUAACAAUUUGGCUCCUACACUGGUGUGGAAAUUGAUUUGAUCCCCUUAGGGGAUGGCUCAUUGUUGUUUUCAUUCCAUUUGGAUUUCCCUAAUUAGUGGUGAGGCUGAACAUCCUCCAGCUGUUGACUGACCAUUUGUUUUUAUUUCUUCUGUGCAAUGACUGUUCAUAGCCUUUGCUCAUUGUUUUCUAAUGGGCUGUUUAUCUUUUACUUCUUGGUUUAAAUGUUGUUUUUGUUGUUGUAUU